AUGGAGGGUGAUAUUGAUAGAGACAAUCAACGGAGCACAAAAAAGGUCAAGACGAAACAGGAUGGAGAUGCAAACGAUACUACAAUGGAGGACAACCAUGGUGUUGAGAUGCAGGAUGCUGGACCCAAAAAAUCAUAUGCUGAGAGUCUACUCUCUUCGGAUGGAAACAAAUGCUUUGCUGACUAUACCCACCUUCUAAAAGAGAUGGAGGACUAUGAAGAUAAAUUCUUGGAGGAAGAAGAUUCUAUUGAAGACGUGGAAGGGGAUCUUGACCCAUGUCCAAAGAUCCAAAUCUCCCAAGAGGAGUUUGAGGAAUGGUGUGCCCCUUGGAAGAAUGCGUUGGUUAUCAAUGUUUUGGCCAGGCAUGUCUCUUUCAAAGCUUUAGAACACAAGAUUCAUCGUGACUGGGCUAAGAAUGGUGCAGUACGAAUCAUUGAUAUGCCCAACGAUUACUUUCUGGUGCAGUUUAAGGAGGAGGAGAAUUAUAGACAUGCGCUCUAUGAGGGACCUUGGAAAAUUGCUGAUCAUUAUAUUGUUAUUCAGAGAUGGAGGCCUUUCUUCACUGUCACUGCAACUAAAGUGAGAAAGAUUGCUGCUUGGAUUCGUAUCCCCGGUUUGCCUAUCGAAUUGUAUCAUGACCGUUUCUUGUGGAGGGUAGGCAACAAAUUGGGAACCAUGCUCAAAAUUGAUAAGCUAACCUCCAUUCACUCACGAGGCAAGUUUGCACAAAUUUGCGUGGAGAUUAAUCUAAAUAAGAAGCUGGUGUCAAAGAUUGACAUCAUGGGUCAUGUUUUAAAACUGGAAUAUGAGGAACUUCACUCAAUAUGCUUUUCAUGUGGGAAGUAUGGACAUCGACAAAAUCAAUGUGCUGAGAAUACAAUGAAGACAACAGGAACAGUGGACAUGGAGAUGGACGCUGGGCAUAAUGGGGAGAAUAACGACCUCCACAAAGCCCCUACAAUGGAAGAAUCCGUACAUCUUCCCUCUAACACAACUAUGGGUACUGAAACAGGCUCGAGCAGCUCGAAGCCAGUUGCGGGAGGUACGCUGGUAACUACCGACUCUGGCCCAAAAUCGGAAGAGCUUUACGGACCAUGGAUGCUGGUGAAACAUGGAAGAAAAUCAGGAAAAAAUCUUGCUUCUAAAGCAAGAACGGUUAUCUCACAAGGUGGUACAGAUAUGACCCCUUCCCAAAACAAUCACGUAGUAGAGAAUCUGCAUGUGCAGGAUAAGCAUAAUGGUGGGCCCAUGCAAAAAGUUUCGUUCCUGGAUAAGAUUCGCAAUCAAGAAGGAGGAAAGAAUCCUCAACGUCAACGUGGCAACACUUCCACUCAGAACCUCUCUGGGCAUAAAAAGAAACACGUGAUGAUACAUCACCAUUCCAAUAUGCCUAGUAUGCCUGUUCACCAGGAAAUUACCCCUGUAAAGCCCUCUUCAUCAACACACCAUCAUUAUUCUUCCCCAAGGAUGGACCAACAUGAGAACACAAAGAAAGUUCUACAAGGGCUAAGAGAAAUAUCUUCGACCACCUAUAAUAAGAACUCUAGUUUGGACUUGAGUAGUGCAUUUACGCAUGUUGCUAGUCCAGACAAAGCUACACUAGCCUUUGCGAAAGCAUUACGAAAUCAUUUUAAUGAUGGGAGAAUUCAAGAUAACAACGUUGAGGCUUCCUCUAAAGGAAUGGUUGCAGAUUUGCAAUUAGAUACUGCUCAGGAUUCAGUGCCCAACCCCAACAAUAAUUCUCAAUGA